AUGCCAUUUGGGUCUUUCGUAGGUGUCAACCACCAUGGGAUAUCUACGCUUCUUGGAUGUGCAUUAUUGCGGAAUGAGGACACUCGUACAUUUGAAUGGCUUUUUCGUACUUGGUUGAAGUGCAUGGGUAAGGCCCCCAUAUGUGUUAUAACAGAUCAGUCGCUGCAGAUGCGUUCUGCAUUAGAGACCACAUUACCACACACAUGCCAUAGAUGGUGCAUAUGGCAUAUCCUAAACAAGAUACCAAACAAGCUGGUAGGUUACCGUCAUUUCGAUAAGCUUAUCACAUGCAUGAAGAGGAUUGUGCUUGAAUCAAAAUCUAAGGACUCAUUUGAGAGAGAUUGGCACGAUUUCAUUGAAGAGUAUGACCUCCACAAUUCUAGGUGGCUAAAUGAUAUGUUUGCUGACCGACACAUGUGGGUGCUAGUAUUUUUCAAGGACGAAUUCUGGGCUGGCAUGAGGAGCACACAGCAUAGUGAGAGCAUGCAUUCAGUUUUCGAUAAGUACUUAAAUAAUAAGAGCUCUUUGUUGCAAUUUGUUCGCCAAUACCAAAACUAUGUUAUAGACAAGGAGCAAAAGGAGGUUGAGUGUGACGCUGCUGAUUUAAGGGGUAUUAUCCCUUGUGUUUCUAGCUCACCAAUAGAGAAGCAGUUCCAGAGAGAAUAUACAAACUCCAUGUUUCGAGACGUUCAGGAUCAAUUUAUAAAAAAGGCCGAUUGUGACAUCUCCUCAGUCAACCAUCAUGGCACAAGUAUAGUUUGUGAAGUUGACCAACAAAAGAUGGUAUUUGACAUGUCAGUGUAUAGCAGAUACCAAGUCGUGUAUUGCUCGCAGUCAUCAGACGUUCAAUGUGAUUGCUUUAUGUUCCAAUCGAAUGGUAUUCUAUGCUGCCACAAUCUUGCUGUUCUCCUACAUUUUUGUGUGACAGCAGUGUCCUCACAAUACAUUCUAUCCCGAUGGAGUAAGAAUGAUUUUGUGGCGACUCUGGAGGUUGCUGCUAUAUUGCGUGAUGCCAUGGAUAGUGCUCGGCAGAAGCUCAAAGAACACAAGGAAUCAGAGCAUCAAGCUGCACAUGGACCUAAUGGUAAUGCACAACCAUCUCCUACCAAUGUGGCAUCUUCCUACAAAGAUACGCAAUGGGCUUGUUUAGAAAUGACAGAGAAUUUGGCUACGCAUUCUGGCUCCUUCAUAUCACUAUUGAAUUCAUUCCAUAACGUCGAACAAUUGUGUAUGUGUACCUAG